AUGUCGUCAGCGCAUAAGACGUUCCGAGCACAUACGGGAACGCGCACAUUUACAGUUCUCGGUUUCGAGAGCUCAGCAGAUGAUACCUGUGCAGCUGUCGUGACGUCCUCACGUCAGAUACUCUCAAAUGUUGUUGUGAAGCAGCACGAUCUCCACGAAGGUUUCGGCGGCAUUCAUCCAUCUGUAGCUAUUGAAGCGCACCAGCGUAACAUGCCGGGUGCCGUCAGAAUGGCUCUUGAACAAGCAAAUAUUAGCAUUCACGACGUCGACGGUAUUGCGUUUACGAGAGGUCCAGGAAUUGGAGGCUGCCUUAGCGUAGGCUCGAAUGCCGCAAAGUCGCUCGCCGCCGCCCUCGGCAAGCCUCUUGUCGGUGUUCACCACAUGCAAGCUCACGCUUUGACUCCUCUCCUCACGACUCCAACUGCUGAUCUCCCGCAAUUUCCUUUCCUGACACUGCUCAUCUCUGGAGGGCAUACACUUCUACUUCUAGCUUCAUCCCUUACCUCGUUCCAGAUCCUCGCAACAACAGCAGAUGCAAGUAUUGGACGUGCAUUUGAUAAGGUAGCUCGAGGGCUUGGCUUAUCCUGGGGGACCAGAGGUCCUGGUGCAGCACUUGAGGAAUUCUGCCGCAUGAACAACGAAGAGUUGGGACCCUUACCCAACAUUAAACCGUUCUCCGUGCCGAUGCCGGGAAAACUUGCCUUUUCCUUCGCAUCCCUACAGUCUUCAGUUGACCGCUACAUUUCCCUUGCGGAAGAACCUCUAUCCGCUUCACAUAAAAUUGCCUUGGCUCGUGCAUUUCAGACAGCCGCAGCCCGCCAACUCUGCGCCAAGCUUACGUUGAGCCUUCAAAAACUCGAGCUGAAGGGCGUGAAAGUUAGGGACGUGGUCGUUAGCGGCGGCGUCGCCAGCAAUGUCUUUUUACGCGAAAGUCUCCGAGAAACGCUGGAUGGGUACAACUCUGAUGAGCGUAUAUUGCUCCAUUUCCCCCCGCCGGAACUAUGCACAGACAACGCAGCGAUGAUAGCAUGGGCAUCGAUGCAUCGGUUCCUCGCUGGUGACUAUGAUGACUACACGGUAGACCUUCGUGCCAAGUGGAGCAUUGAGAAUAUCAAGUGA